UCUAGAUCUUCAUCGUCACUCAGUAUCAAUUCCGGCCCUGUCCUUCUUGUGCAUGGACUCGCAUUCCUUGGUUGACACGAUCUAUAUGGAGCCUCCCUAAAAGACACCAUAGUAGUAACGUCAGAACAAAAACUUUUGAUAAACACAAACGACAUGGGAGAGGAGACCGAACAGAAGGGGCAUGUGCAGCCCUUAUCCCGGCCGGCACAUACUCUCUCGCCCGAUGAAAUCUUGCGCGAACUCAAAGUGAACUCGGAGGAGGGUCUCACUGCCGCUGAAGCGAAGAAGCGGCUGGAGCUGUUUGGACCCAAUGAACUCGAAGGUGGUGAAGGUGUUUCGCUUGCGAAAAUUAUUAUUAGACAGAUUGCCAAUGCGAUGAUGCUGGUCCUUAUCAUCGCAAUGGCCGUCAGUUUCGGGAUUGAGUCCUGGAUUGAGGGUGGUGUUAUUGGCGCCGUUAUCGGACUCAACAUUGUUGUAGGCGUGUAUCAGGACUAUGCCGCUGAGAAGACCAUGGACUCCCUUCGGAACCUGAGUUCACCCACCGGUGUAGCCACGCGCGAUGGCAAAACGAACACUAUCCCUGCUACCGAAAUCGUCCCUGGAGACAUGAUUGAACUUAAAGUCGGAGACACUGUCCCGGCUGAUGUUAGACUUGUGGACGCCAUGAACUUCGAAACAGACGAGGCGCUGUUAACCGGCGAAUCGCUGCCCGUGCAGAAAGAGGUCGAUGUGACUUUUGCUGAAGACACCGGCCCCGGUGACCGCCUGAAUAUCGCAUAUAGCUCUUCAACAGUUACUCGUGGACGAGCACGCGGAGUCGUCAUCGGCACAGGAAUGAAAACUGAAAUUGGUGCUAUUGCUGCUGCUCUACACGCAAACGACUCCAAAAGACGCCCAGUUAAGCGUGGCCCCGGAGGUGAGACCAAGAAGCGUUGGUACGUGCAGGCUUGGACCCUGACUGCCACGGAUGCUGUUGGUCGGUUCCUGGGCAUCAACGUCGGAACACCUCUUCAACGUAAACUUUCCAAGCUGGCUUUGCUUCUCUUUGGAAUCGCCGUUGUCUUCGCAAUCGUUGUCAUGGGCGCCAACGAAAUGCGCAAUGACAAGGAAGUCAUUAUCUAUGCAGUCGCUACUGGCCUUGCGAUGAUUCCGGCUUGCUUGGUGGUGGUUUUGACAAUCACAAUGGCGGUGGGAACAAAGCAAAUGGUUGAGAGACAUGUCAUUGUCCGGAGACUUGAUUCCCUAGAGGCUCUUGGUGCUGUGACUAACAUCUGCUCAGACAAAACUGGAACUCUUACCCAGGGAAAGAUGGUCGCCAAAAGGGCGUGGAUACCAUCUCUGGGAACGUAUUCAGUGGGAUCUUCCAAUAACCCGUUGGAUCCUACCGAGGGUGAACUAAGCCUCUUGCCUGAUCCUCCUGUUAAGCUUGAGCGCGAUGCGCGAGGAGACCCUGCAGAUCCGGCUGAACUGAUCAAGGAUAAUAAGAUCCUGGAGGACUAUCUCAAUGUGGCUUCCAUGGCCAAUCUUGCCGUUGUCCACAGGUCUGAAGGAAAUGAAUGGCAGGCUCGUGGUGAGCCAACCGACAUAGCGAUCCAGGUCUUCGCACACCGCUUCAACUGGGGACGUGAACGCUGGACGAAGGGCGAGAAGCCAAUCUGGCGUCAGAAGGCUGAGUACCCCUUUGACUCGACCGUCAAGAAGAUGUCCGUAAUUUUCGCCCGGGAAGAUGACUCUGAAAAGGGUCGUCAAAUGGUUUUUACGAAAGGUGCCGUGGAGCGAGUCAUCGAUUCUUGCACGACCAUUCUCUGGACCCGUAACGAAGAUCCCAUCCCCAUGAGCGAAGAUAUCAAGAGCCAAAUUCUGCAAAAUAUGGAAGCCCUGGCGAAGGAAGGUCUUCGAGUCUUGUGCUUGGCUAGUCGUGAAUUUGAUACUCCUAUCGCCAACAGCGAAGAAGUACCCCCUCGCGAGGAAGUCGAAAAGGAUCUCGUUUUCUGCGGCUUGGUCGGCCUCUACGAUCCGCCUAGGCCUGAGACAGCUGGCGCCAUCGAAGAGUGCUACCGAGCUGGAAUAUCUGUUCACAUGGUUACUGGCGAUCACCCUGGCACCGCACGAGCCAUCGCCGCUCAAGUCGGUAUCAUCCCCGCCAACAUGGAUGGGAUUGCUAAAGACGUCGCAGACGCGAUGGUCAUGACAGCCAGUCAAUUUGACAAAUUGACGGAUGAAGAGAUCGACGACUUGCCCACAUUGCCCCUGGUUAUCGCUAGAUGCGCACCUACAACCAAGGUCCGUAUGAUUGACGCUUUGCAUCGUCGUGGCCGCUACGCUGCCAUGACUGGUGACGGUGUCAACGACUCCCCAUCCUUGAAGCGGGCAGAUGUUGGUAUUGCAAUGGGAGAGGCGGGCUCUGAUGUAGCAAAGGAUGCUUCAGAGUUGGUCCUGACAGAUGAUAAUUUCGCUUCAAUCAUCAACGGUAUUGAAGAAGGUCGCCGAAUUUUCGAUAACAUUCAGAAAUUCGUCUUGCAUCUGCUCGCGGAAAACGUUGGUCUUGCACUCACCCUUCUGAUCGGCUUAGUGUUCAAGGACGAAGCUGGGCAGUCGGUCUUCCCUAUUGCGCCCGUUGAGAUUCUCUGGAUUAUCAUGAUUACCUCAGGCGCUCCUGAUAUGGGAUUGGGAAUGGAAGUUGCCGCUCCUGAUGUCAUGGACCGGCCGCCGCAAAGCAAACAAGGUAUCUUCACCUGGGAAAUCAUCGUCGACAUGCUAGUGUACGGAGUGUGGAUGGCCGCUCUCUGUCUAACAGCUUUCUCGCUCGUCCUCUAUGUCUGGGGCGACGGAAACCUUGCUCGCGGAUGCAAUGCCAACUAUAGCCAGGAAUGCGACACUGUCUUCCGAGCCCGUGCCACGACUUUCGUCUGUAUGACCUGGUUUGCUCUGUUUCUCGCCUGGGAGAUGAUCAACAUGCGCCGCAGCUUCUUCCGCAUGCAGCCUGGUUCCAAGAAGUACUUCACCCAGUGGAUGCAUGAUGUUUGGCGCAACAAGUUCCUCUUCUGCGGUGUUAUGCUCGGCUUCGUCACAACCUUCCCAGUUCUCUAUAUUCCAGUUAUCAAUGAUGUCGUCUUCAUGCAUACUGGAAUCUCUUGGGAAUGGGGCGUUGUUGUCGUGGAAGCAAUCCUCUUCUUUGCCGGCGUCGAGCUCUGGAAGUGGUGUAAACGCAUCUAUUUCCGACGCGAGUCUGUUCAAAAUAGGAACAAAGUCGAUGUGUACCGUGGUCCUCAGGACUUCAGCCGCUACACGACUAUGAGCCGUUCGGAAACCCAGGCUACUGGAGACUUCAAGGCGGAACAGAAUAUCGUUUGAGCACUCCGACGGAAAGCUUGCUACCAAAGCAGCUAUCCAAUACCCUGCUCUUGACAUUGAGCAUAGCUCAGCAGCUUAAUCGCUAAGGCUGUCGCUUCGCUGUCUUCAGGCCAACUUCUCCCGCACCUUCGAGCUGGGAUCAAAUAUGGGUUGUAAAUGCCUAAAUGCGUUGAUGACCUUAAAUUUCUCAUCUUCACUGCUCAAGAUGUUGUAUGCCAUUGUGGAUAGAUUGAUAUGACCCAUUCAAGGACAUAGUAAUGAUAUUGAUAGAUUUGGCAAAUACCACCGCAUUUGUGUAACUUGA